AUGAGUUUAUCAAGAGCUACAUUAGAACAAAAAAUUGAAGUAUUAGAUUGGUAUUAUUCAAAUGGUACAAAAUCACAAUUAUAUACAGUUAAAUAUUUUCAAGAUUUAAAUUUAUUUAGUAUAACAAAAUCAAGUUUUAAUAGAUGGUUAAAGCAUGAAGAUGAAUUAAGAGAAUCAUAUAAAAAAGUUAAAUAUAAUGAUUCAUCCCAAUAUAAAGUUGCACCAGUUUUCCAAAAUGAAUUGAUUUAUAAAUGUCUUGAAUUUUGGUAUGAACAAAACAUUUGGUUUAAUAAAAAUUUUACAGAAAGGGAAUUAAUUUCACAAUACAAGAAAUUUGGUGAAUUAAUUGGUAUAACAAAAGAUUUAAAUAAAUCAAAUGGUUGGUGUUAUCAUUUUAAACAAAAACAUCAAAAACGUAAAGAUGUUUUAAUAGAUUAUGUUAAUUUAAAAUUAAAUUUCGCAAAUUGUUUUACAAGUUUAUCUGCAGAGAGAAAUUCUUUUAAGAAGAGUUUGGAAAAUAUUGAGCCUCAGGAUAUUUUCCAAUAUGAAGAAUUAUUAAUUAAUGAUGGGAAUAAUUUGAAUAAUUCUUCAUGGAAUUUCCAUGUUGGAGUAUUAAUAAAUUAUAAAAAUUCAAGGAAAUUUGAUCCAAUUGUUGUUAAUUCUUCACAUGAUGUUGAAGGUCCAGGGUAUUAUCAAAGUUCCCUGGGAAAGAUUUCAAAUGAAAUUUUCCUAGAUUGGUUAACCCAGAUAAAUAAUAAAUUGGAUAAAAAGAUAUAUAUAAUGUUAAGUUUAAAAUUUGAACAUGUCCUGAGUUUAGAAAAAUUUGAUAAAAUUGGUAUAAUAUGGUUUAAUCCAAAUUUACAAACUCAAUUAAAUUAUUUAGGUUAUGGAAGACAACAAUCAAUUGAAUAUCAACCUUUUUAUUUAGGGAUUGGACAAUUGAUUAAAAUGUUGAUUAAGAUUAAGAUUUGGCAAAUUUAUUCACAAAGUUUAGAAAUUAGGAUUACAUCACAACAAAUAUAUCAAAUUAUUCAAUGGUCAUUGGAUAGGUUAGUUAAAGAUUAUAAAAAUUUGGUUAUUUCAUGUUUUGAGCAUUCAGGUUUAUUACCUUGGUUUAAUGAAGAAUUAAAAUAUAGUAAACCAGUGAUUGAACCCAAGAUUUUAGAUAAAUUUAUUGAAUAUUAUAAUAAAUUUAAUAAUGAUCCAAUAUCAAAAUUUAAACCAAGUAUACAACAAUUAAAUCAAAUUUUAUUCCCCAUACAUGAUCAAUUAAUAAAUAAAUUUUAUACAGAUGUUGAAAUCAUAGCCCUUAUGAAAUUAAAAUUAAAAGAUUUUGAAUAUAAAUCAUAUAAAACAAAUACACCAUUGGUUAAUCCACAAGAAUUAAUUAAAAUUAAUAAAUUUAUAAAUGAAGAUUUAAGAAAUUUUUUUAAUAAAUAUGGUAAUAAAUAUCAUAAAUUUAAUAAAUCAAGUUUAAAAUUUAAUGAAUUCUUGAAUGAAUUUUUACAAGAUGAAGAUGAUUAUAAUAAUGUUUAA